AUGAUGUCGGGUUGUGUUCCACCAGGGUUCCGAUUUCAGCCAACCGAUGAGGAGUUGGUCGGUUACUAUCUCAAGAAGAAGGUGGCAUCCGAAAAAAUCCAUCUUCAUCUUAUUAAAGAUAUUGAUCUCUAUAGGAUUGAGCCAUGGGAUCUUCAAGAUAAAUGCAGGAUUGGUUACAAAGAGCAGAAGGAGUGGUAUUUGUUCAGCCACAAGGACAAGAAGUACCCAAGUGGGACGAGGAGCAACAGGGCCACCAUGGCAGGCUUUUGGAAGGCCACCGGAAGAGAUAAGGGCGUCUACACAGGAUCCAACCUCAUUGGCAUGCGCAAAACCCUCGUUUUCUACAAAGGAAGGGCACCAAACGGCCAAAAAACUGACUGGAUCAUGCACGAAUACAGGCUCCAAACACAACACAAUGCCCCUCCACAGGAAGAAGGGUGGGUGGUAUGCAGGGUCUUCAUGAAGCGAUCAACAAGCCGACACCAAAUGAAGGGCAAUGGCAUCCAAAGUAGCUGGGACUCCACGUGUCAUCAACCUUAUAACAGUGUCCAUCUCAGCAAACAAGAAAUCAACCAAAAUCUGCAUAUCCUCCAAUCAGAUGAAUUCGUGCAGCUUCCCCAGCUGGAGAGUCCAUCCCUCCUGCCCGUGAAAACACCUCAUUCCAAUAAUAAUAAUAAUAAUAAUAAUAAUAAUAAUAGGCAAGAAGAUGAACUAAUAAGUAGUGAUCAGGGUGAAAGACUAAAGAAAGUCACGGAUUGGAGGGAGCUCGACAAAUUUGUGGCGUCUCAGCUGAGCCAUGGGGAUGGACAACAACAUCAUGAGUACUUGGAUUCGGAGUUGGGGUUGCUUCUGCUGCAAGGUCGUGGGGAAGAGGCAGGCCCAUCAAGCUUGACGACUCACAUUUCGACUUCCGAUUCUGAUAUUGGAAUUUGCAUAUUUAAUGAAUAA